CCAAGUGUGUGGACACACAAACCGAUUGGACACUAAUGGACAGCGAGUCCCACAACAACGACAAAGAGACCACUCUUUGCCCGAAAUGCAGACAAUCGUUGAGUUGUGAUAAAAGUGUUGUUUUAAAUGAUUGGAAACAAAACUCGGAAACAAAUAAUACAAGAAUUAGUGAUUUAGUCCGCGAAACCGCUCAACAAGUGGUCACUACUAAUGACUUUCAAAACGAUUAUCUUUAUGACCAAAAAUCCAAGACUUAUUACAGCCGAAGCAGUGGUUGGUAUUACUAUCCGAAAAAGCGAAGAGUUUUAGAUAAAUCAGAAAAUGUUAAUAAAAAUAGCGAAACGGAAAGCAUUGAAAUUAUUGUGAGCUCUUCGGAAGAAGAGGGAGAAAUCGACGACUCGGACGACAUAUCCAUCAUUUCCGACGACUCCAACGAUUUUGACGAUUUUAACGAAGAUAAAUCAGAAGUGAGUCCACCAUUGGUACGAAUGAUUGUGAAGAACUCAUCGACUCUAGAGCUCGGGAGUCUAGUGAUGGUGACGU